UGUUGCUAGCGUCCGCAAACUGGCAUCUCUGACUGGCAUCUCUGUUACUGGUUAUACAUAUACUGUGAUUCAAGUUUCACAUAAUUUAUAAAUAAAAAGCAAAAAAAUGAACGCACCUCCAACCUUUGAGUCAUUUUUGUUAUACGAAGGAGAAAAGAAGAUAAUAAAAGAACAAGAUACUAAAGUACCAAAUGCUGCUAUAUUUACAGUCAAUAAAGAAGAUCAUACACUAGGAAAUAUGAUUCGCAAUCAAUUAUUAAAAGACCCGCAAGUAUUAUUUGCUGGUUAUAAAGUACCUCAUCCACUGGAACAUAAGUUUGUUAUUAGAAUACAGACCACAUCAGAUUAUACACCGCAUGAAGCUUUUAUGCAUGCUAUCACUGACCUAAUUGCAGAGCUGUCUUUAUUUGAAGAACGAUUUAAGGAAGCAAUUAGAGAGAAGAAAGAAGGUUUAGAUUAA